UUUAGGGGCCUCAGCAUGUUCAGGUAAUUAUUUAGGUAUCCUUUGCGUCCAUCAUUGUCUAAACCGAUGGGAGACGAUGAGCCAGAGCAUUGUCAACGAAGUGCUAGCCAAGAAGCCGAAGCGCCGAGUGGAAUGGGUACAAAAGAGACUGAAAGAAGACCUGGCAAUAACUCAUCGAGAUUCGCUGUACGAGGUCUUGGUGCGAAAGGAAGGUCGUGCAUUCGCAGCAGAUAUAAGUGGCGCUGAUGCAGUGCGAACGUACAAUGCUGUUCUGGCAGCAAUCGAACUGUUUACUACAAAGCAGCAGAGGCACUUGCAGGCAGACAGCUUUUUGCUGCGAAAGAUUCAUACCCAAGAACAGGAGAGGCACAAAGCAGCUCAGGCCAAGGCAAAAGCUGCAAAAGAGGUCAAGACUGUGAAGAAGUCUAAGGAGGCCCCGUCUGUGUCGGGCUUGGUCAAAACGACGCGCAAGGACAGCCCAAAGGCGGCUCCAAAGGGGUCACCAAACCCACCUGCAAAGACUUCACCCAUUCGCAGUUCCUCUCCAAUUGCUUCCAACUCUGCCAAAGACACAGCAGAAGCGCAGAGGAGCGAGUCUCCAGACUGGAUCCCACGAACACCACCACAGGCAGCUCCUCAGGAGCCUCGAAAGUCUACCGGCAGUUGGACGACCAUUUUUGCAGAUGGCCCGAAGGACAAGCUCAGCUCUGCCAGGGAAUCUGAACUCUCCACUGUGCAGAAAGGUGUGAAGAGUCCAAAGUCGAGUUCUGACUCCACGGAGUACGAUGCAUUUGCUACAGGGCCAGAGCCAGCGUUGAAAUCUCCACGUGAAAGGACUGAACAGUCAGAGGAGUCUCUCGCCAGGCCAAGUGGGCUUCACGCAGCUGUAAAGAACUCUGCCGGAGGUUCCGAGCCUGACAUUGACAGGGAGCAAAGUGAAGGCAAGCCUGGUGGGAAGAAUGAAACAGCUGAAAACUCUGAGAUCGUCAUGAAAGAUGCCGGGGAUUUGGAUCGGCCUUCUCCAAGCAAGAGCAGGUUAGAGACAGACGAAAUGGACAAUCUGAAGACGAGUGCAGUUGAAGACAAAGGCACGGAAGCAACAAGGAGCCCCGAGAAAAGCCCAGUCGAUCAGGCUGCCGAACCUAGUGACAUGCCCGCUGAGUCCACCAAAGGUAGCCGAAGCGGAAGAAGCGGAAGCGGUGAAUCUGAGACCUCGGAGUAUUCAGCGAGCGAGAAAACGGAUCCAGGCGCUGCGCAGCUAGCUGGGCCUUUGGCAUCCAAUGUGAAUGACGGAGGCUGUUCGUCCGACACAAGCCCCGCAACAGAACUUCAAGCCAAAGUUCCACGAACUGCGCAGAGCGAAGCAUGUCCGACUGUGACCAGGCAGCCUCCACCUCCACCUCUUGCUCGACGGCGAUCUGUGGAGAUUCACGGCCAUUUACCACACUGGAAGUACAUAGCAGCAGAUGGAGAGGAACGGUUGCCAAUUCGAUCAUCUUCUGCUGUCGAUGCACCAACAACUGGGGGCUCGUUGGGAUCUGGGGAGGUUUUUGCUGUGGAGCAAGAAACUCCUGGUGCCAAUGGCGUUCUUUUCUUGAGGUUGGCAGAUGGUCGUGGUUGGGUGUUUGACCGGAAAAGCGGUUUGGGAAGAAAGAGACGGGCACGGCCAUUGUGUGUGCCGUACCAGGUUCCUUUGAUUGACGAAGAAGACGGCACAAAGACACGGAAGGCACGAGACAAAGUUCGGAAAGCUUGCAAUGGACCCCCCAAGGCGAAGAGGAGGAGACACCAAGCAGUCCAUGAUCCAUACAUGGUCGAGACUGCAGACAUUAUAGAGGUUGAAUCCGAUGAGGGUAGACCGCUUGGUUCACCCAAUGCGCGUAAGGAAGCCCCCGCGAACGAGCACCACAGUGAGCGAGACGUGGCAAAGGAGCAACUUCGAGUGCAGCUGGAGAAGAAGCAGCAAGAAGUUCAGGCUCUUCGAGCGAAACUGUCCCAGCUGGACGCCAAAGAGGUGCACCAGACGGAAAACCAGGAGCUGAGGCGAAAGGUGCCAAGGCAAACAAGUCCGGGUUUGCAAGCUGAAGGCGAACGAGCGCAUUCUGGAAAGGCGAACUCCAUUCUGGAUCAGAAACGCCGCGAGUUGCAGGCGAUGCUCGCUAAGAAGAGGGCAAAGAGCAUGGCUCAUGGCCUGAUUCAAAAGCCUGCGCCUAGAUUUGUGGAUUAGUGAUGAAUACAAUUGAAUACCUUGUACAGUCCGAUGGAGUCUUCAGCAUCUGCCAAAGAAGCGGGUGCAGCUCCGAUUUGCAGAGACACCUGAGGCACAGUGCCUGAAGCUCUGUGGAUCCAUUUCUAUUGACAAACUCUGCC